AUGACACCCAGAAUUUUUGUCACUGGCGCCACUGGCUACAUUGGCGGCCACACUACUGGAGAGCUGAUCACCGCUCACCCCGAGUACCAAAUCGUGACACUCGUCCGGAAUGAAGAACAAGCAGCAAAGCUCCAGGCUCACUGGCCGGCUAUCACCACUGUCAUUGGAACUCUGGAUGACGACAAGGUUAUCAAGGAAGAGAGCGCCAAAGCGAAUGUGGUUCUGCAGCUCGCGAGCUCCGACCAUAUUCCGGUUGUGAAGUCUGCCAUUGCCGGACUAGCGACUGGAGGCGGCAAAUUGAUUCACAUCUCUGGUACCGGAGUUCUCAAUGACAUGUCGACUGGCCCUGGUAACCCAUCACCGAGGGUGUACGACGACGUGGAAGACCUUGAGGACAUCACUUCGCUUCCGGAGACUGCUUUCCACCGUGAUGUCGAUGAUGCCGUUCUGACCGGAGGAUCGCUGCACGGUGUAGGCACUGCGAUUAUUUGCCCUCCCCUCAUAUAUGGUGUGGGACAGGGUCCGAUCAAGAAGAGAAGCAUGCAGAUCCCCUUCCUCAGUGAGGCAAUUUUGAAGAGAGGACGUGGCUUCACCGUUGGUGCGGGCAAGAAUAUUUGGGAUCAUAUCUAUGUCGGAGACUUGGCGAAGGCAUGUGUGCUCCUGAUUGAGGAAGCACUCAAGCCGCAAGGCGGAUCUGCUCAGUGGGGCUCGGAAGGCUACUACUUUGCUGAGUCGGGUGAAUUCGCAUGGAAGGAUGUUGCCGAAAAGAUUACCCAGGCCACCAAGGAACUUGAAAAAAUUCAGAGCGCAGAAGUUGAUCAACUGUCUGUCGAUGAGGCCUGCAAGUUUCACCCGUGGGCUCCGGUCUUGUGGGGAGGAAACUGCCGCAGCAGAGCGACGCGUCUUCAGUCACUGGGCUGGAAGCCCCAGGGUCCAACGAUUUGGGAGUCUCUUCCUGCCAUGGUCAAGGCCGAGGUGGAUGCACUUGCCAAUUGA